GAGAGAGCGAGAGAGAGAGUAUGUGGUGGGAGGCUGUAACUUGGGCAGGACUCUGGGAGUGAAAAUGCGCUGUGGUUCUGCUCCUCCACACGCCGCCAUCACUCCCUGCUUAGCGCGCAGCUAAGAGCGGCCACGAUGCUGCCUGUUUUCCGUCUGCUCGCUUUAGCCCUGCUCUCAUUGCCCGUGGCUAACGCGGUGUACACGGGCCCUCUGCAGCCUGAGAUAUCAAACGGCACCUUUCACCACUUCUUCGUUCCAGACGGCGACUACGAGGAGACCGAGGACCCGGAGAAAUGCCAGAUGCUGUUUAAGUGGCUGGACCCCUCGCCGUGUUUGGUGGAAGAGGACCGGGACUCGGUUAUCCGCGACGACUUCAUCAGCGUCAAGCAACAGGUCGAGGAUUCGGCGCGGGUUCUGGAGAGUCUCGGGAGAAGCAUCUCCUACGAUCUGGACGGAGAGGAUACGUACAGCAAGUACCUGAGGAGAGAGAUCGAUCAAAUAACUGAGGCUUUUUCCAGCGUCGAGAAAUCGCUCAUCGAGCUUGAGGUGAAAUUCAAGCAAGGUCAGGAGUCGGAGCAGAGAGAGGAGCUGGAGUUCACUAAAACGCUGAUGAAGCCCAUGCAGAGUGUGAGGAGCUCCCUGCAGGAGACAGUGGACAUCUCCUCCGGCCUCAAGGACAAACACGAGCUCAUCUCGCUCAUCAUCCGUAGCCAUGGCACCAGGUUAAACCGGCUUAAAAACGACUACUUGAACAUUUAGGCAUUUAAUGAUCUAAGAAAACUUUUUUCCCUGGUUGUUUAAGCUGCUUUAGACUGGAAAGUGUUGAAAUAUCAGUGUGUCAUUCUGAAAAGCUUAACUCACGUAGGUAUGUCAAAUGAUGUUUCUGAAGACACCUCAGGAAAACAAUGCAUCUGAAUAUUGUAAAUAAUUUACAGUUACUAUGCAAAAAGCAUCUUCAGCUGUUGAGAAUAAACUAUUCUGUGGCACACACUCCAGGAACACUGACUUAUUGGCUUAUUGAUUUAUUGUCAUUUAAAAUAUGUUUACUUCCUGCGAGUUUGUGGUGGUUUUUUAUGCUUAUAACACGUGUCUAAUUCGUAAGCCCUUACACGACUUUAUCCAACAAAACCUGCCACUGUUUUGAGACUCGGUUUUGUCUGAUUCACAUUUCAGGUGUGUUUAUUUAACCUAAAUAGAUCAGGAGGGAUAUUUUUUCCAGAAUUUUUUUUAAAUGUCUGAGCUAAGGAGCAUGACCAGUGGUGCUCAGGAAGCUGGUUCAGAGAGAAGGUAUUUCCUGUGCCAUAGAAAAGUAUGUGUACCUUCUCCCAUUACACCACAUGGAAGAAUAAUCAAAUUGGGUAAUGUAAAGAAAGUGACUUGUUCUUCCCUUCCCCGACCUCAGCAGAGUCUAGACAGUUUCUUCCAGUAAAUCUUUCUGCUAAGUGAUGGUUAAUCUGCUAAAACAAUCCUCACUUUUUCACCUUAUAACCACAGCUUCAUAUUCACUCUAGACUAAACAGCAUAAUGAUGUGCACAUGCCCCUGUGCCUAUCCACGUUCCCAUAGGGAAGGACCAAAGCCUUUCCUGUUGGGUUAUUCUCAGAAAUUUGAAUUGAUUCCAGGGAAACUGAAAUUGCUGACAGCAUAAAGCCAGCAGAUUCUGUCUCUAUUCACCAGCAGCUUAAGUCUGUCCAUCUGGAUGUGGUUUCUUGUUGCUGAACAGUGAAAAUAAAGUGAAUCAAAAGUAAAAAGAAAAAUGUGAAUGAACAGAAGAAAAUGUGCCUGUUAAUAUGAUGUGUAUUCUUUAUAAAAUGUUCCUCAAGGGUUCUUUGCUUCCUCUAGGGCUUCUGCUAGGACCAAUCUCUGACAGGGAAGAGAGAUAUGACACCUACAGUGUGGUGUAAUCCGUCUGUUUUUGAUAUGUUUGAUAAGUCAAGUCUACAAAAGAACAGUAAUUUUUGAUGGAGUUGUAAUUAUCUUAAAUCCCAGAUGUCAUGAUAUUUGUUAAACAUUGUCAAAUGUCUAAAAACUAAAUACAGAUUUUUAUGUUUUUACAUUU